AUGACCACAGCAACGGCACACGGCUCCGCAUCGUUACCCGAGAAACAGUAUUGGUCUACUGUUCGAUACCUACGAUUCACAUGUCUCACGGUCUAUCGUCGCCUAUUCACGUUCCUGGUCUUGCUCAACCUGAUAGGCCUCUACAUCAUCCUUCACCAGACGAUCGUCAGUCUUGACACACUAGCAACAGCUGCGUCAACUAAUAUCUUGAUCGCUAUCCUCGUCAGGCAGGAUCUUUUCAUCAAUGGCAUUUUCCGGUUAGCCUGGAUUGUUCCAUGGCGUGUACCGCUCGCAGUGAGGAGGUGGAUCGCGAGAUGCUACUGUUAUGGAGGGAUCCAUAGUGGAGCUGCCAUGGUAGGAAUGGUAUGGUGGAUCGGUUACAGCAUUGUGUUGACAACCCAGAUGGUCAAACAAGGACUAUAUUCCGUUCAGCUUCUAAUGACUACUUGGACAAUCCUGGCGACUUUGGCACUGAUCAUUGUCUUUGCCCUGCCAGGCUUCCGGAGAACGCACCACAACAUCUUUGAAAUCACACAUCGCUUCUUAGGCUGGGCCUCCAUCUCUCUUUUCUGGACACAGCUCCUGCUCUUCGUCAACCAAACCACUCCGCCAGGUCAAUUUCUAGAGACACUGCUUCACACACCCACAUCCUGGAACCUCACCUGCAUCACCGUUCUGGUCGUACACCCCUGGCUCACGCUCCGCACCUGGGUCUUCCAUCCCACGGUGCUUUCACCCCACGCUGUACGCCUGCGCUUCGUCCGCCCCGUCCACAAAUUCUCCUGCCUCUCGAUCUCUACCCACCCACUAAAAGAGUGGCACCCAUUCGCCACGUUCCCCACACCUCCCACCAGCACCCAAGACUCGCAUCUGGAAGGCUCCAUCCUCGUCUCCGACGCAGGCGACUGGACCCGCGCCCUCAUCUGCCACGCCCAAGCCAUUACGAGCGGGCAGCCGACCCACCAGCCCACAAACGGGGGACCACGAGCACCAGAACUCCGCCUCUGGGUCAAGACCACCCCCGUCCCCGGCGUCCUCUCCCUGACAACGCUCUUCCCCCGCGUCCUCCUCAUCACCACGGGCUCCGGCAUCGGGCCCUGCCUCUCCUCGCUGCUUGCCCGCCCCGCAGCCCAGUUCGUCCGGCUGGUCUGGAGCACGCGCUCGCCGGCGGCGACCUACGGCGCGGAGCUGGUCGCCGCCGUGUACGCCGCGGAUCCGGGCGCGUUGGUCCUGGACACGGAUGCGAUGGGGCGGCCGGAUCUUGUGCGCGUGGGAUAUGCGCUGUUUCGCGCGUUGCGGGCCGAGGCGGUGUUUGUGCUGAGCAAUGAGAAGACCACGAGGAGGGUGGUGUAUGGGCUCAGGUGCAGGGGCGUGCCUGCCAUGGGGCCGGUUUUUGAUUCAUGA